AUGUACAAAUUCAAUCAAGGCGAUCUGUCCAAAUCGUCCAAAUGUACUCGAUUCAUUGAAUUGCAAUAAAUCUAUUAAAACAAUAGUUUCUCUGCUAUUGCUAUAGGUCAUUCGUCAAGUAGCACUGAAAACCAGCUCUGUGAUAACGUGUUUAACCACAGUUUUACUUGGCAGUUGCAGCGCAAAACAAAUGUCAGUGCCCGAUAGGCACAGUGCCGCCGGAUACAAUAUUGACAGCUGCAGAAAGCCGCGUCCGGAAAAAAGAUAGAUUCGAAAUAUCUACUGAGUUUGGAAGAUGAGAAAGACGCGGCAAGCCGCAGAAUUUUCAGAACUUAAGGAUCUGGUUCAUCAACUUCGUGUGUCUGAUUUACAACAGCUACUUGGUGAACACAACAUAAGCCGUAGUGGUCGUAAAAGUGAACUCAUUGAAAGGGUUUUAAUUUUAGUUCGUCAAAAUAUAUCGGUUCUUAAGUAUAAAGUGCGCGAACUUCACAAAAAAGCUCAAGAGGAAAACGAGGCAUUAGCGAUUGCUUCUGAAAAGCCGGCAGUCUUGAGGCAAUCUGCGGCGCAUACAUUGCUUCCUUCCCCUCCAAAUAUUAGCACCCCUGUCGUACAGUCAAUUUCUCGAGCGACACCCAGCAUGUACCAGCAACAGUAUGCUAAUGCCGUGCAAAGCGAUAAUCGUGGAGCACAGGUUCAUGCCAAUGGAAUAGUGCCGAUUCCAUAUCCAGAGACAACUCCCAACCCAGGCUAUCCAAUACAUCCGGACGUGAAAUUAAAAAAAUUGGCAUUUUUUGAUGUACUCGCAACUUUGUUAAAACCGGCUACGUUAGUACCUAGCAACACAACUCAACGAGUUCAGGAGGGCUCGUUUUUCUUUCAUUUAACUCCCCAGCAGGCGACUGACAUUGCGACGAAUAGGGACAUUCGGAAUGCUAACAAAAUUGAACAUACAAUUCAAGUGCAGCUGCGUUUUUGUUUACUCGAAACGUCUUGUGAACAAGAGGAUUAUUUUCCACCAAACAUUGCUGUCAAAGUUAAUAACAAAUUAUGUCCUCUUCCGAAUCCUAUUCCCACUAACAAGCCAGGAGUUGAACCAAAGCGUCCCCCUAGGCCAGUUAAUAUAACUCCAAAUGUGAAACUGUCUCCUUUAGUUGCCAAUCAUAUUGCGGUCUCCUGGUGUACGGAAUAUAAUAGGGGAUAUGCAGCUGCCUGUUAUUUGGUUCGUAAACUGACUUCAACUCAACUGCUUCAACGUAUGAAAACCAAAGGUGUAAAACCUGCUGACUAUACGAGGGCGUUAAUUAAAGAAAAAUUGAAUGAAGACGCAGAUUGUGAAAUCGCCACUACUAUGCUGAAGGUAUCAUUAAUUUGUCCUCUCGGUAAAAUGCGAAUGUCUACACCAUGCAGAUCAUCCACAUGCUCUCAUUUACAGUGUUUUGAUGCAUCGCUCUAUUUGCAAAUGAACGAACGGAAGCCAACGUGGAACUGCCCAGUCUGUGAUAAAGCAGCUAUUUAUGACAACCUGGUCAUUGAUGGGUACUUUCAAGAGGUUCUGGCAUCAAACAAAUUGUCGGGUGACGAUAAUGAAAUUCAACUACAUAAAGAUGGAUCCUGGAGUACCCAUGUGAAAAGUAACGAUACAUGCACUCUUGACACACCUAGUAAACCGGUACAAAAGGUUGAAGUAAUUUCGGACGAUAUUGAAGUAAUAACAACGGAUCCACCAAAAUCUAGCAUCAGUCAAACAAGCGUAAUUUCUAGCAGCGAACCGACGUCUACAACAGCACCAUCAGCCGAUACGGUUGACUUAACUCUAAGUGAUUCAGAUGAUGACCUUCCGCUAAAACGCAAAACAAUAACGCGAUCAGCAGGACAAGGCACUGGUAAUGGUACCGUCGCUACGAUUACGAGUACUUCGAAUGCAAUUGUCACUCAACAGCCAGUAACAACAGUUUCUAAACCAAAAAUCAAUGAAGAUGCUUCGCAAUCAGUUAUAUCUUUAGAUUCUCCAUCGCCUCCUUCUACACCAAAUCCUCCAACAUACAGCGACAACAUUCCGUCGAUGUCCAACAAUGUUUCAUCCACUACGACUAGUACAACUUCAGUUCCAUACCAGCUGCCGAUAAGUCCUCUCGAACAAGCUAGCAAUUUACAACUGAAUCCACUUGCAAUGAAUAGAUUUGAACCGCCGCCUGAUGAUUUACAGUCAUACAUUUACAACCGCUUGAUAAACGAUGCCCAUGAACUAUCUUAUCUGACGAGCCAGUGGAGUGCACAAAAUUAUACGCAUAUGAUGGAUAGCGAGGACAUACACAAUUCCCAGAACUAAUUGCUAAUCGUCAUACCGAUUACGGCCUUAUACUAAAUAUUUUUUAAGCUGCAAUCGAUAUUUAAUGCCAGGGACCAAUAUCGAGCAUAUAGUGACAAACAUAUUAGUGACUAUAAAGAAGCUAGAAUUAUUUUCAUGUAAAAAUAAUCAUUUUUCUUUCACUCACUUAAGUUUUAUAUUAAUUUUUGUAAUGAUUACUUACUAUAAAUGAUUUUGUCGGAAACAUCCAAAAAGCAUUAAUUAAAUACAUACUGUUACAAUUAUGUACUAAAAAGAAUUAGUUUGUUAUUCUACGUAUAAAAAUUUUCAAUAAGAUUUUCGUAAAUCAUGAAAAAUAUGAGUAAAAAGAUGCAUAUAUACAUAAAUAAGCAAACUGCCGUUUGUAAUCAGCUUUCUAAUAACUACGUUUCGUGAAUUAGUGAGUUUGCUGUGUAUGCGAGAGGUUUUACAAUAAAGGCCUUAUUUGGUCGGAUAUAAGAAAUAAGAAAAUAAAAUAAAUUCAAAAUUUAGCAUCAAAAAAUAUUUUCUAUUUUUAUUCACUUUAAAUUAGCGGU